AUGGCUGUGCUCCAGUGGCCAAGUGUGCCGAAUCUUGAAGAGGACGGCGACAUUGAGUUCCCCGGAGUUGUGUUAUUGAAGCAGCAGCAACAGGAAACCCAUCAACACUAUCAGCGAAGCGAACAACUAUCGCAGCAAAACUACUUUGGACUUGCAGAAGAGACCAAACAAGACACUGGCUUUCCAGAAUUGGGCAAAGAAACCGACAGUGAGGCUCGAAAGCACAGCCUCGACCAUCACGUCAGCCGCGACCUGGACUUGAACUUGACCUUCAGCCUUGACCUCGGCAUCGACGGUGACAUUGACCUUCCAGCGGCUCAGGUUGACGCGGCCGAAUCUGGGAUUCUGACAGAGAACAAUUACAGCGCGAUUGUCGGUCUGCGGCAACAAAGCGAGUCCAAUCCCACAGCCAACAAGGAGAAGAAGAAGAAGAAGAAGAAGAAGAAGAAGAAGAAGAAGAAGAAGAAGAAGAAGAAGAAGAAGAAGAACGGACGGAGCAACAUCAGUUGUUGUUUGAUACGGGGGGAGAAGGAGAAGAAGGAAGAGAGGCAAGAGUUGUAG